CCGGGUUUAAUGCCCAUCCCGCUCAGGACUGGUAUCAGCAGGCUGAUGUAGAAAUUCCCAACAACACCCGACCGGGCCGGCCGGCCGGACGGACGUGUGAAUAACCUGCAGGUGCCGAGCGCCGACCGCUCGUGAGCUCAGUUUCGUCACCCGGAGGUCUGCUUCGAACCGGCCGCGAUGAUCCCCGCUGAGUUCACUGGGUCACUGGGGGUCAGCCGGCGCCCCGUCACUGCCCGGGAGGCAGGCGCGCGCCAUCCCCGGCGUUUCACCGGCUCCCGGGGCGGUGUGGCCCUCAUCUGCCGGGUCCCUACCGGUGCGGGGUCUGCAGGAGCGCGCCUGGGGCGCUCUGGACACAGGACCGCGCCGGCCCGGGGGCAGACGACGCUGCAGUCCUGCAGCCAGACGUCGUGCGCACGUGUGGAAGCUGCCGACCAAGAGGGCGCGGGCGCGGGUGGUGAAAGUUUUCAGUGACGUAACUGGCGGGCCUGGUCGGCGGCGGCUGCGGCGGCGUGGAGCGACGGCGGCGGCGCCGCUGGGUUAGUAGGCCGGGAGAGCUCCUACCAGCCACGGCUCUCGGACUCGCGCGCCGCGCCGCGACGGCACACAGUUGGCGACCAGCCGUCUGUUUGCGGCGAGCAGGUGACGCCGUGUGUCCGACCGCCGAUCAACCGGCCCUCUGGUCACCCUCACCACCACCACCAACUUGUGUGCGUCGUUGAGCGAGUGAGACCGCCAUGCCGGGCGUGAUCCCCGUGCUGGGAGUGACGGCGACGGCGCCGGCAGCGGCCGCCGCGCUGGCCGUCGGUGUGUGGUUCAUGCCGCUGCUGCUCACCGCCAUCGCCUACUACCACUACGACCUGGUCGACCCCGAGUCGCGGCCCAUCAACAGAAAACAGCUCUAUAAGAAAUAUGACUUCAUUAUAGUGGGCGCCGGGUCGGCGGGGGCCGUGCUGGCCAACCGGUUGACAGAGAACCCGGCGCACUCUGUGCUCCUGCUGGAGGCCGGCGGUGACGAGACAGAGGUGUCGGACGUGCCGGCGCUGGCCGGCUACCUGCAGCUCAGCAAACUCGACUGGCAGUACAAGACGGAGCCGCAGCCCACUGCCUGCCUGGCCUACAUCGGACACCGCUGCAACUGGCCAAGAGGGAAAGUGAUGGGCGGCUCCUCUGUACUCAACUACAUGCUGUACGUGAGGGGUAACCGACUCGACUACGAGCGCUGGCACGAGAACGGCAACUACGGCUGGGACUUCGAGACCGUCCUGCACUACUUCAAAAAGUCCGAGGACAACAGAAACCCCUACAUCGCGCAAAACAAGCGGUUCCACUCUACGGGCGGCUACCUGACCGUCCAGGAGGCGCCCUGGCGCACACCACUGGCCACCGCCUUCGUGUCUGCCGGCGUCGAGAUGGGCUACGAAAACAUCGACUUCAACGCCCAGCAGCAGACAGGUUUCAUGAUACCGCAGGGUACCAUCAGGCGAGGAUCCCGCUGCAGCACGUCCAAAGCGUUCAUCCGCCCCGUGCGGCUGCGCAAGAACCUGCACACCGCCAUGCACUCGCAUGUGACCAAGGUGCUGAUUGAUCCUGACACCAAGCGGGCUUACGGCGUGGAGCUGGUCCGCUACAAGAAGCGCUAUCACAUCUACGCCAAGAAGGAGGUGAUCCUGUCGGCGGGAUCGCUCAACUCUGCCCAGCUGCUCAUGCUGUCCGGUAUCGGACCUGCCUCACAUCUGUAUGAGCACGGCAUUCCCGUGAUCCAGGACUUGCCGGUCGGCUACAACCUCCAGGACCACAUUGGAACCGGCGGCAUCGUGUUCUUGCUGAACAAGCCCAUAUCGCUGGUACAGACCCGAUACGAGAACAUCCCGAGUAUCCUGAAAUACGCCAUGUUCGGAUCAGGACCGCUGACGGUGCUCGGCGGCGUGGAGGGCCUUGGCUUCGUGAAGACAAAGUACGCCAACCAGUCGCAGGACUGGCCGGACGUAGAGUUCCACUACGUCAGUGGAACGCCGGCCUCCGACGGCGGCAGGCAGAUCAGGAAAAUCCAGGGUCUCUCUGAGGAGACGUGGCAGAUGUUCAAGCCCAUCCUGUUCCGCGACUCGGUGACCAUUGUGCCGAUGCUGCUGCGGCCGGCCUCCAAGGGCGUCGUGCAGCUGCGCUCGUCCAACCCGUUCGAGCCGCCGCUACUCAUCCCCAACUACCUGACUGAGGACAUUGACGUUAAAACCAUGGUCGAAGGUAUCAAGAUUGCCGUGGCCAUCGGCGAGACGCAGGCGUUCAAGCGGUUAGGCGCCGAGUUCUACAAGGUGCCGAUGCCGGGCUGCAUCCACACGGCUCUGUGGACCGACGAGUACUGGGAGUGUCUGGCUCGCUACUACACCAGCACCAUCUACCAUCCGGUGGGCACGGCCAAAAUGGGGCCCUACUGGGACCCAGAGGCCGUGGUCGACCCAGAGCUCAGGGUAUACGGCGUGUCCGGGCUGCGAGUGGUGGACGCCUCCAUCAUGCCGCAGCUGGUCAACGGAAACACCAACGCCCCCACCAUUAUGAUCGGAGAGAAGGCCUCCGACCUCAUCAAAAAGUUCUGGAGCGACCAGCACUGAUGACUGCUCUGUGGGGUCGGUGGGCUCUCACCGGUCCCUGGGGAUAGACUUUUCUGUGACUUACCCGGCCGACGGGAGGGCGGAGUGCGUCCGUCUCCUGUCUGAGGGCGACCCGUGCCGGGUACCGGUCACGCCGGACUGUGAAUUACGGGUGGACGCAGCGACUCCUGGGUGCUGCUCCGGCGCCGCGCAGCGCCGGCGACUCGCGUCCCACUCUAGUGCCAUUCCCAGUGCUCAAACGGGCCGCUGCGUGUGCCGUGAUCUCGCGUCACGAGCGGUCGGGCCCGGCCCCGCCGCCCGGCGCGUCGGGGCGCUCUGUCGCAGAGCACAAAUCAAAACGGUUCAUUGUUCGGUAUCGGCGUCCGAGAGUAGCGGCCCGAGCUGGCCCCGCGGUCGGCGCGUUCUCUGAGAGGGGAGCGCGCCGUCGCUGCCAUAAUGGCGCCAGCUGGUAGUGUGAGCACGCGUCCUCAGCAGCAGUAGUAAUUUAUUAUCGCUAGAUUAGUUGCAGAUCAUGAUGUGCCGUAACUGCUUAUUUGCUGCUUUUGUGAUAAUGUGGUAUUAACAUUAUUGCUGGCAUUGUAGUUUAAGUGAAAGAGUUGUACACCUUUCAAUGUCCGCAUGUUUUAGCAUGAUGGAACUGAACUACCGUCGGCACUGGUCGGCCCGCUUUACGCCUUUGUGUGUGCGAGUGAGCGAGUGAACUGUGCGAGCGAGUGAGUGCUGGCAAAUUGCGUUUCCUAUUUAUUAUUAUAUUUAUGCUCAAUGUGCGUCGCAUGCUUCCAGUUCAUCGUCAUGUGCUCGGGCUAGCUACCAUGUGUAAAUGGGGAGGGGAACGAAAUGGACCGACAUAUCAUGUGUAUUACUUUCUUGGAAGAAUACAAUUCCGGGGGAGA